UUAGAUCACUCAAUUAAAUUUGUUAUUUUUUAUGUUCAAUUAACUCCAAAUAGGAUUUUGUAAAAUUAAUGUAAAAAGAAGAACACCAAAAUGAAGAUACCUUACCGUUUUUGGAUAGCGAGUAUGAUUUUCAUGACAACUUUCACAAACUAUAUGAUGCGGUCGAAUUUGUCUGUUAGUAUAUCCGCAAUGCAGCUUAGUAAAGGGGCAACGCAAGGGCAAUGUUCGGAGGAUGGUUAUGUGACCACCGCAGCGCCAACCACUACCAUGGACCCGAACGCCACAACCACCACGACCGAGAAGCCCGAAGAAGAAAUGUUCCGCAGGUUCACGUACACUCAGCAUCAACAGGGGUUAAUUUUAGCAGGGUACGGAAUCGGUUACGUGUUGACCUCUAUGCCAGGAGGUUUUUUGUCGGAAUACUACGGACCAUGGAAAGUUAUUUUUUUUUCAACGUUGGCCAGUAUGAUCCUUACUGUGGCUUGUGUGCCAGCGGCUUUGCUUCAUUGGACGGCUCUGCUUGUUACCAGGAUGGUAAUUGGAGCCUUGGGGGGCGUUAUAUAUCCGGCGAUUCAGAUAAUAAUAGCGAACUGGGCGCCAAAAGAAGAAAAAGGCAAAUUCGUCAGCGCGACCUUGGGAAACAAUAUGGGCACGGUAGUGGUGUUUGCGAGCGUGGGAGCGAUCAAUCAGUACUUUAAUUGGGCAUGGGGAUUCUUUUUCGUCGCAGGUGUCGUCACCUUAUACCUGAUUUUAAUUUUUUUCCUCCUGUCCGACUCGCCGGUCAAAAGCAAAUACAUAUCGGAAGAGGAAAGGCAGUACUUGGCGACAAUGGUACCCCCACCAAAAACUAAGUUGGUCGCCCCAUAUCUCAAGAUAUUUUCUUCACUUCCGUUUUAUGCAUUGCUAUUUGCCCACACCGCCAAUUUGUAUGGUCUCUUCGUGACAAUGCUCACCGUGCCAAAAUUCUUCAGGGAAUACCUUAAUCAAGAUUUAAAACGUUCUGGAUUUUUAUCGGCUCUACCUCCAUUAACAAGAAUGUUUGCUGGAAUGGGGUUCGGGGCUGUUGGAGAUUACAUCGAGAAGAAGAGGGAGGGUUCCUCAACCGCUGUAAGAAAGUCCUUUUGUAUAUUUUCCCAUUUUUUGCCUGGCCUUUGUAUGAUAUGCAUGAUGUUUGUUGAAUGCAACUUUAUCUUUGCUACGGCCCUAUUGGUUAUGAAUCAGGGCUUUAACGGAGGCGCCGUCUGUACGAAUUUGCGCAACUCUCAAGAUCUGGCGCCCAACUAUUCUGGAACCGUUUUUGGCAUAAUAACCCUAAUUGGCGGAUGUACCCAGUUUAUAGCACCUAUUAUUGCAGGGGCAGAUGACCAAGGAUUGGAUAGAUGGAGAUGGGUCUUUUUGAUUGCUGGUAUUAUUUACUGUAUUGGGGGUUUCAUUUUUGUAGCUAUAGGAACAACAAAGCAACAACCAUGGAACGAACCUAGGCAACCAGAAACUACAUAA